AUGUCCAAAGUCAUAAUAGACAAAGCCAGGAACUACAAAAUUGGUAGCUAUAAGAGAGUUGUAGACCAUAUUGAAGCAAUUCAGUAUGCUUUAGGAGUUGGGUGCAAUUCUGACCCAAUGGAUCAGAGAGAUUUACAAUUCACUUACGAGAAUUCUAAGAACUUCAACAUAAUUCAAUCUUACUCCUCAAUUUUCAGUGUUUACGGACUUGAUAUUAUUAGGAAAUGCCCUGGACUUCCUGAUUAUCAUCCAAUGGCAUUAGUACAUGCAGGACAGGUAAUCAAGCCAGUAUAUCCAAUAACAAUCGGAGAAACUGUCACUGCUUCCAACAAAAUCAUUGACGUUGAAGAUAAGAGAUCAGGAGCUUUAGUGUCCAUAGAAUCUUCGAUUCACAAAGAAGACGGAACUCUUGCUGCUCAAAACAUUGCAACUCUUUUUAUUAGAGGUAUUGGAGGGUUUAAAUCUGAGCAAGAUCCAGAGCCCAUCACUCCGGCUAUGAAUUUCCCAAAUCCUAUCUCUAAAAACCCAAUUGAAGAAAUUACGCUUCCUACUGCUGAAAAUCAAGCUCAUUUGUAUAGAGUAGCUUCUCUAGACCUCAACCCUCUUCAUAUUGAUCCAGAGGAGUCUAAAAAGGGUGGAUUCGAACGCCCAAUCCUUCAUGGACUCUGUACUCUUGGAUACUCUACAAGAGCAUAUCAAACUGUCUUCGAUCAUCAUAAUUUUGCCGAAAUUGGAGUAAGAUUUACUGCACCCACAGUCCCUGGACAAAGCCUACAUGUUCAGUUCUUUGACACAGACAACGAGAACCAGACUGCCUUCUCAACCAUCGCAUUUGACCAGGAUAAGUCUGUUUCAGAGGGAGUAAUAGUUGCCAAAGGAUGGCUCGAAAAGAAAUAA